UUUCCGUAGUCUCUGUUUUUGCGCAUGCGUCCUUCAGGCUAGUUCAGAACUGUUGUUUCAAUAUGGCUUCGCUCGGUGUCCGCCGGUGGGCCCGGGCCCUUACCAAGGGGAACCGGCAAAGUAUUACAGCUCUUUUAGCUGGGGCAAGGGCAGCCUCUGGAAUCUCAAAAGACACGCUGCCUGGCCCAUACCCCAAGACCCCUGAAGAGAGGGCUGCAGCCGCUAAGAAGUACAAUAUGACAGUUGAGGAUUACGAGCCAUAUCCAGAUGAGGGCAUGGGUUUUGGGGAUUACCCGAAGUUGCCUGCGAGAUCCCAACAAGAGAGAGAUCCUUGGUACCAGUGGGACCACCCUGACCUCAGGAGGAACUGGGGAGAGCCACUACACUGGGAUUUUGACAUGUUCAUAAGGAACCGUGUGGACACCUCCCCCAGCCCCGUUGACUGGCCAACUAUGUGCAAACACCUGUUUGGCUUUAUUGGGUUGAUGUUGUUUCUGUUCUACCUUGGAGAGAAAUUUCCUUCCUACCAACCUGUGGCUCCUAAACAGUAUCCCUACAAUAACCUGUACCUGGAGAGAGGAGGUGACCCUGAAAAACAGCCAGAAGAAGUGAAACAUUAUGAAAUCUAACAAUUCCCAUCCCUUUGACUCUGUAUAUGUGUUACUUUAAUAAACGACUUAUGACCAAACA